AUGGCUGAAGCAGAGAAACCUGUGGAGCCUGGAAGCGCAGAGGAUGUACUAACGAAAAUUCAGAAUAAAUCUGGGAGGAUCGAGAACUUAAUUAAGCAGUUUAUACUCGUUGAAGCUCUUCAAACUGCACUCGAGGACUCUCCUCCCCAAGACGAGCGCUGCAAGUUUGCGAAUUGGACAGUUGUGCAUAAAGCAUUAAUGACUGUAAAAGAUGUUGAAGGAAGGCUCCUUUCUUUAGAUCCCAAGUACUAUGAUAUUCUUAUGAAGUACAUAUAUAGAGGAUUGUCAACCGGAGGUCCCGCAACCUGUGAUCGAUGCCUUAAGAUUCAUUGGAAGCUGACAGCAAAAGCUGGUUUUGGAUGCAUACUUCGUUCCCUUGCAGACACUGUGAAUACAGUUUGA